GGUUUUCCAUGGCACCAAGUAAGAAGGGGCCCCGCAAAGUUGUUGGGCCAAUGUCCGGAGCGCAUAUUGAGUCCACUAAUAGUUUGAACCCUGCACUACAGUCAAGCUCUCAAUCUUAUCAGACUUGCCCCAGUCAUUAUUCAAAGCCUCCAGCACAUAAAUUCAUUGGGGCAAUGCCUGGAAUACGCAUAGACCCUACAUCUAGCUCAAACUCUGUUUCUCGACCUAAUUGUCAAGCGAAAUCACAUGACUCCAAUUCAAAUUCAAACUCAGCUUCUAGCUUUAUUGCUGCUUCUCAGUUCAACUCUAAAGCCAAUUCACAUCAGUUGAACUCCAAGGCUGAUUCUCAACUAAAUUCCCAUCCUAAUUCACAUAUCGGUCAAGGCUUUCAUUCUCAACCACUAGUAGACCAUCGUGAGCAACCAGAUUCCUUUGAUAACAAUGAUUCUGAAGCUGGAUCAGGUUCUUCAUAUGAUUCAGAAGACAUAGAGGAUGUCUUUGAUGGUACUUUUGAUGAUGAUGAUUCUAGUGAAGAAGGAGACAAUAGUGGUAGAGGACUAGCCAGACGAAGUGCUGGUUGGGGUGGUGGAAAGAAAUUGGAGUUAGUUUGGAAUGCACGGGGCCAAGUAAUUGGUCCUAAUGCUACACAGUAUAUAAGUCAAGUAGGAAUCUUAGUAAAGGAUGGUAAUAAAUUACCACUCACGUACACAGAUUGGAGGGCCAUGCCUGAAGGAUCUAAGGAGAGAUUUUGGGAAGAUAUUAAGAGAAAUACAAAUAUUGAUGAUACAUGCAAGAAAGUACAAAUGAUAAGGGUCAGCAAAUUGUGGAGAAAUUGGAAAUCAAAAGUCAAGAGCAUGUAUUUCACUCCUUAUAGGAGGCACAGGUCAUGGCUAUUAGCACACUGUCCUGCAAGAGUUGAGGAGGAUCAAUGGCCUAUUUUGGUUGAUUAUUGGAGCUCAGAAGAUGUCAAGAAGCAAAGCAAGAUUAAUAGCAAGAAUCGAAAAAAAUAAAAGAUGCCACAUCGAACAGGGCGAAAAGAUCAUGUGAACCUCAGGGAAGAGCUUCGGAUUAAAACUGGAAAAGAGCCUUCGAAACUAGACGUUUUUAUUCAUUCAAGACAAGGAAAACAAAUGGAUGAGUUGACUUCACAAACAAUUGCAACUAUGAAUGAGGAAAUACAAAAACUGCCAGAGACAUCCAGGGAUGAUAAUUUUGUGAAAGAUAUACUCUAUGAAAAUAUUCUUGGACCUGAAAAACCAGGUCGUCUUCGAACUUAUGGGGUAGGUGCGACUCCAAAAGACGUGUAUAGGAUGUCAGAUAACAUGAAUGAUGGACAAAAGAAAGCAUUUGAGGAUGCAGUGAAUGAGAAAGUGGAAAUCAUACGUGGUGAACUACGAGAAGAAAUGAAUUCGAAAUUGGCAGAUUUUAAGGAGGAGUUGAUUGCUCAAUUUGAAGCAAGAAUGAGGGCAUCCACAUGUGACUUGGCAUCACUCCAAAGAAGAGAAAUGAAUGCAGCAAAACAAUCUCAAAUUUCGGACUCAUUAGAGGUUGGUGAUAGAAUGAACAGGGAAGUUGGAACAAAUGAUGCUGAAAUGUACAAGGAAGUUGGAACAAAUGAUGCUGAAAUAAACAAGUGUGAAAUGAAUAAAAAAGUUUCUUCAAUUGCUGAUAUUCUUGAGAACCAUCAUACAAAGAAGAAAAGGAGCAGGACUACUUGCAAACGACUUGCUUGAGGGGACUAAUAGAAUACACUUUGCAGCCCUGGACUUGAUGGUACAUUGGAAGCAUGCGGAUUGGGAGAUAUGAAGAUGUUUUUGAGAGAUGUAUGAUAAAGUGUUGUACUUUUGAAGACAAGCACAUUUUGGAAUAUAUGAAAUAUCUUGUAAUUGGAGCGAACAAUAUUAAAUGAUAAAGUUUGUAGAAUUUGACUAAAACAAUGUAUGGUACUUUAUUCUAGUGUAU